AUGCCCAUCUCAUAUGACAAAUGGGACAGACUCGAGGUAUCAGACGACAGUGACGUCGAAGUCCAUCCAAACGUCGACACCAAGAGUUUCAUCCGAGCAAAGCAGCGUCAGAUCCAUGAACAACGGGCUCAGCGAAAGCACGAGAUCGAGACGCUAAAGUACGAACGCAUCAUCAACGAUGGUCUCCUAGAACGCAUCAAUGCGCUUCUGGAUGCAUUGAAGAAACACCAGGAGGAGGCAAGCACGAAGAAUCCUGACGAGCUUGUGUUCCAGUCCUUGAUCGAGAGUGCAGGGGAUCCCGCGAAAGAUGAACCACCUAAACCACCCGAGGGCGUCUAUACGCACCAGCAGGAACAACCUCGUUAUUCCAAGAUGAUGGGUGCGUUGGUGGACCAGGUGAAGAAGGAGGUGGACGAAAAGAACUCCCCAGACCGAUACAAGGACUUCAUCGAGGGUGUCAAUGGCCACCUCACCAAGGUCCAGAAGCUGCAGCAAGAUUUGUUGACGCGGCUUGCGCAGCUAGAAAAGGAAGCGUCAGCAAAGAUCACGAGUGAAGACAUUCAUGUCGGAUUCGACUCCUCCUUCAUCAACAAACCCAAGCCGCAAUCCUCUUCCAUUGACAAGUCGAAGAAGCAAGAGAAGACAAAGACAGAGACCGUGGAGCUUCUCAACGCACCCAAGGGACUUAGUUUGCAGACACGGGAUGCACUAAAGUCACCAGAUGGCGCCAUCUCCUCUGGUGCAGAGGCCGAUGUUGAGGAUGAUGCAUUACUCGACCCGAACAAGGACCAAGAAGAUGAUGAAGAAGAAGAUGAGACGAAUCUCAAACUCAGCCCGGAGGGCAAACAAUUUGCAAAGAUCAAGCUCGGCGACUACCGUGCAUGCCUCCAAUUCAUAUCAGAGCAUCCAGACAUAGUGAAUGAGCAUACCCAAGAUGCGCUCAUGAUUGAGGCUUUCAAUGUACAGAUGAAAGGCCAAGAUACAUAUGCUAAACAAUGUGUCCAUCAGAGUCUCCUUAUCCAAUAUUGUCGUCAGCUGGGUCGAGACGGCGUCGGAUUAUUUUUCAAGCGCAUCACCACCAAGGGCCACCAAGCGCACGAAAUGUUCAACAAGGAUCUGGCGGAGACUUAUAACAGAAUCAAGACUCGGGCAGCAGAGCUGAGCAAGGAAGAAGGUUCCGACCCAGCGGGAGUGGAACAGAUUCAACUCCAUGCAGUCGAGCCGGGAACAGAGAUCCACAUCAACGUGCCCCAGGCUGGCUCGGACGACCCCAUAGAGCAACAAGCGAGAGAAAUCUUCGACCGGUUCCCGCCUGGACUGCAGCGCGCUCUAGAAAGCGGUACACUCGACGAGGUAAACAAGGUUCUCGGGAAGAUGAGCGUCGACGAAGCCGAAGAGAUCGUGGAGCUGCUAGGUGAAGGGGGAAUGCUGAGUCUGCAGGAGGGAGUGAUUGACGCUACCAACGAAGAGGGCCAGAAGCGAUUAAAGGAGAUCGAGGAAGAAGAGAGACGGAAGAAGGCCGAGAAAGGCAAGGAGGCUGAGGCUGAAGGCUGA